UUUCUGCAGGCAAUCACAUCGUCUGCUACCUGCUACGUCCCAUCACGUGAUUUAGUUUGUUUUGAACUGAAAAAAAAAAAUAUCGCCGAUGUUUGGUUUACCUCCUAUUUAUUUUCACUCUUGAUUUUCUCUGAAAUUUGAAAUAGAAACUCAAAAAAGAUGGCGCUUACCUUUAAUACUUGUGUUUACACUUCCGCGGCUAAUUUUAAUUUGUUGAAAACAAAAUCCUGUGGUUCGAAAAUUUUCGCAAUAUUUUCUCGCAAUCUGAGAGGAUCACGCUUAGGAAGAGAAAUUUCUUCAGAAGAGAUAAAAUAUCAGAGACUUUUAAGAGCUCUUAAAAAAGAAGAGAAAAAUGUUGAAACUGAAGUUAAACUAUCAGCUGAAAGUGAAAAGCGAUUACAGAUUGAGAAAAAUAGUUCUUCCAGAGAAGUUCUCAUUGAAGAAAAGCAGUUUAAAAGCCUUGAAGACAGAGUAACUCCUCUGAAACAUUUACCCUAUGUUAAGCAGUUGGAGAAAAAGCACCAAAAAAGCAUGGGUUUCCUGCGAUUAUUUGGCCAAAAACUUGAGAAUUUAAAAGUUCCUAUAACAUUAGGGAGUGAUAAAUUGCCUUGUCCUGUCGAUUUUGUUAUACCUUCUCCUUUGACUGAGGAAUAUAGAAAUAAAGAUGAAUUUUCUGUUGGAGCUGGUUACAACAAUGACAAAACUAUUGGAUUUUUCACAGCUGGCAAUGAGAACGUUAUGUGUGAAGGCCCAGAAAAUUUGCUUAUUACCAAAGGAAUUCAUAAAAGCUUUGUCAAAGAUGUUCAAAAUUUUAUUCAAAAAUCACCUUUUCCAGCUUUUUCAUCGCAAUCAGGAUACGGCUUUUGGAAGAGUAUUGUUGUUCGUUCUAAUGAGCAAGGUGAUUUAAUGGGUAUUGUGAUAGUGCACCCUCAACAUGUUCAAAAAGAAGAAAUCCAAGAGCAAAAGGAAAAACUACAAGAACAUUUCAAGUCAAUAACCAAAGCUUAUAAAUUAAAAUCUCUAUACUUUCAAGAGUGUCCUCAUUCCAACUGUACCCAUGAGCAAGCUCCUUUUGAAUUGCUGUUUGGUGAUACUUAUAUCAUGGAAGAGUUGAAUGGGUUAGAUAUGCAGAUUUCUCCUGAUUCCUUUUUACUGUCCAAUACUAAAGCUGCCGAAUCCAUGUACAAAGCCUUAUUGAAGUUGUGCAAAGUGAAAAAGUCAACAACAUUUCUGGAUAUCUACAGCGGAAUCGGCCCUCUGAGUAUGACAUUUUCUCCCUAUGUGAAAGAAUGUAUUGGAGUGGAACCUUGCUUUCAAGCAAAUCAGGAUGCCAUUGUGAACGCUCAUUUGAAUGCAAAAAGUAAUGUUGAUUUUAUUCGGGCUCAACCGGAAGUCGUUUUGAGUGAUAUCCUGAAAGAAAAUUUUUUUGAAGACUUAGUUGCUGUAUUAAAUCCAUCCAAAGUGGGGAUAAGUAAGAACCUCAUCACUGUUCUACGUGAAUGUCGUCAUUUGAAGAAAAUUAUUUAUAUAACCACCAAACCUUCAUCUUCCAUGGACAAUUUUGUUGGGUUGUGCCAGCCAUGCGGACCGCUUCGUCAUUUGGGAAAAGCUUUUCUGCCCAUCUUGGCUCUUCCAGUGGAUCUCUUUCCUCACACUCAGCAUUAUGGCCUUGUUGUUAUGUUUCAAAGACUUUCAUAUUGAAGGAGAGGAAUGUAUUUGAAAAUGGCCUCUUCCCCUAAAUUAUGUCCUUUGUUAUAUUGUAUAUAUUUAUAAAAGAUCUGUACACUGGUUUUUAUUAAAGAAUAUUUA